CUUUGGUUUCAAUACUACAGCUGAUUAGUGAUUACGUUCUCAGUUCGCUUAUUCCUGUGAAAUUGUGGAUUUCUGUUAAAAUAAUGAUUGAUUCUCCGUUUUGAUUUACGUUGCCUUGUUUUGACAGAAAAUCUCGUCGGAGAAUCUCAUGGAUUUAAUACGAUUUCGAAAUCUUCGUUAAGACUUAUAACCAAGGCUCAGAAAUCCAAGUAUUAGUUGCAAAAAUGCAUUCACCAUCAUCUCAAAUUUUAAUGCGCAAAGGUAAAAGAGGAGCUGCAGUGUAUAUACAAGCUGAGUGUAGUAGAACAACUGAUCCUCAGCAUCUUAAAGAAUUACUUAGCACACUUCUUAAUCCCCAAAAACCCAUUGAGGAGUUGGAAACAGUUGACUGGAUAAAAUGGUUGAUUGCUGGUGGGAAAACUCCUGUGGAAUUUGCUUCUAUUGUGAGAAGAUAUGAUAAUGGGACCACUUGUGGCCUAGUUUGGACAGCAAAUUUUGUUGCCUAUCGGUGUAGGACGUGUGGAAUAUCUCCAUGUAUGUCUCUAUGUGCUGAAUGUUUUCAAAAAGGAAAUCAUGAAGGUCAUGAUUUCAACAUGUUCAGGUCACAGGCUGGAGGUGCAUGUGAUUGUGGUGAUACUAGUGUCAUGAAAGAAGCUGGUUUUUGUGAACGUCAUGGUCCCCAUGCUCAUGUAGGGAAACCCAUUCUGCCACCUGAACUGCUUGCUGUUUCUCAAGCUGUAAUGCCACUAAUUAUUUUACGAUUGAUUCAACAUUUGAGAUCACACAGUAUACCAGACAUUUUGGAAGAUCAACUCCAAUCUGUUCAAGAUGCAGACUGUUUCAUCACUAUGUUGCAUGACUAUAGUGGAAUGGGAGCAGCUAUGAGACAUGUCAUGACAUCAGCACUAAUUAGCCCACAACUUUAUGCUCAGCUAACUGAAGUCCCUUCAGGUGAUUCAGAAUAUGCUCAGUUUAUGAAAGAGGCACAAAGGAUGUAUGAAAAGUCUCUAGAAAGUCUUCCAGGUCCUGAACCACCAGAUGAAUAUAAAGCAUAUCCUGCACUUCAAGAUAGUCUUGUUCAUCGUACUUUUCUCGAAGAACUAGUGUUUUGGACUGUGAAGUUUGAAUUUCCUCAAAAGCUAGUAUGUCUUCUUUUGAAUAUGUUACCUGAUCCCGAUUAUAAGGAAGCAUUUACACGUGCCUUUGUGUUACAUUAUGCACGGAUAUCCCGCCUGUUGGUGGGAUCAUCAGAUCCCGACACACUUAGCAAUCGUGUUGUACAUGUUAGUGUUCAGUUAUUCAGCAAUGAAGAAUUGGCAACAAAAAUGGCGGAAGAACUCCAUCUCUUGCAUGUGAUGGUUGUCUCAUUGCGGGAUAUGAUGAGUAAAAUUCUCGUGCCUAGUACAUUGCAAGAUCCAAAGAAAAACUUCCAUUUUGUGGUUGAUUGUUCCAAGCAUGUUAUGCGAGAUCACUGCUAUUGGCCACUCGUUUCUGAUUUAAGCAAUUUGUUGUCUCAUCGACCAGUGGCGCUCCUAUUUCUCUCAGAUGACAGUCUUUUGGAGAUGUGGUUUUCAUUUCUUAGCAUGUUUCAAGGAAUGAAUGUAAAUCAGCGAGAGUUGAGUACUCAUGUGGAAUUCGAGCCAAACACUUACUAUGCUGCGUUUUCAGCUGAACUUGAAGCACCUGCUUCUGCCAUGUGGGCAUUGGCUAUUCAUCUGCGGGAUACAGGCUCCAUUCACCUCACCAAAAUGUUGUUAAAGCAUUGUUUAGCAGCAUUAGAAGAGUGGCUUGAAGCUAUCAACUUUAAAUCUCCUGAUCAGACGGAUCCCUAUCAAGUUAGCUUUCACAUCCCACUCCAUCGCUAUCUUGCAGCUUUCACUUGUCAAGCUGUUCGGGCACAGGGAAUACUUUUGAAAGAUGCCUUACCACCUGCAAGCCUUCUCCAGUUAAUUAUGAUGCAUCCUCUUCGAAUUCAAGCUGCUUUCUAUGAAAUUCUUUCUGGUUUGUGGGUACGAAAUGGAUUGCAAAUCAAGGGACAAGCGAUGUCUUACAUCCAGUGUCAUUUUGGCAACUCGAUGGUGGAUGCGGAUAUUUAUCUCCUUCAAAUUUGCGCAACACAGUUGUCACCCACCUUAGUCUUACCAACAAUUUUCGAGAGAUUUCACGUCAUGGAGCUUCUUUCCAUGAAUCCUCUGCUGAAAUCGAAUUUUCUAGAAGGAGAACAAGAAUCCACUAUGCUAGAAAGCUGCCUAACGUUUAUUGCUAGCCUCAUGUCUAUCAGGACCAACAUCGGUGCAAAUGAAUCUGAUCUUGAUCGAUUAGAAAUGGUAUCGCUGUUGUGUAUGAGUGACCGCACGCAUAGCCAGCUCAUGGAAUUGCUACCCGAAAAAUGCGGGGCACCCCAAAACAAAGAUUUUGACGCAAUUCUUGCUCAGGUCGCUGAUUACAAGGCUCCCAAUUUCGAAGCUAGUGGAUCAAUGCAGCAGGGAAUGUAUGUACCGAAAGCUGUCGUCUGGGAACAAUUAUACGAUCCCGUAUACGUACUGCUGCGGGCUGUGCACCGAAGAGAUUUUCAGACUUCAAUGGAUCGAUUUACUCAAUAUGUCCGGCAAAGUGGCAAAUAUCCGAAUUAUUCGUCUGGAACUCUAUGGCCUCCGUUUCGACUACCCAUCGCCACACAUCUAAAUUACGAAGACCCUCGCAAAGUUCUCUUAUCGAGGACUUUCCAUGCCAUCUUGUUUGUUUUGUUGUACAAAGCAACCCAUUCCCCGUCACUCGUGAGCGAGCAAUCUUUAGCUCUGGUCAUCUAUCUACUAGAUAUGGCGGUGUCUUUGGUCCACCAGUCGAAAACACAAGGAAACGAGGUUUGCAUUCGUGAACCAAUCAUCCAUUUACCCGAUGACCGCAUUGACCUCCAGCUUAAUGAUUGGUUCUCAACGGACAGUUUGGCAGAAAAUGUGAUCACGGUUGUUAACAAUGUGACUUUAACUACCUCAACAGCGGUUACUGUCAACAGCACCGAAGCUGCCGAACUUGAUUUGGAAUCUUCAGCUUCUUCUACUUCUUCAACUUCAGAAGGAGAGUCAAGUGAUCAGGACAUGGAUUUGGAUGUUCCUGAAGUCUCCGGGGCAAAUAUUUUGCUCGCAUUGCCCGAGACGGACUCCCAGGCAUUGGUACCGGUUGUUUCCAGCAGACCAGGAACGUCCUCCGACAUGGCCACUGUUUCAGUGUACCGCAAUCCAAGCCGAAUAGGCACCUCGUCUCAUUUUCGUGUCAUGCCCGCUUUAUCUGCCGUUGGCCAGGCGAGUAUGGUGAUAGCUGGAGCUAUUUCACCGACCCCGACGCUGCCUCAGCUAGCAUAUCCAAAUAUCCGCGCCAUCACUUCCGGUAACGAAGUCACCAAGUAUACCAGCCAGAUUUCAGUUGAUUCAAACCUUUCCGAUGCUUCCCCUGGCACCAUCCAAUACGAAGAAGUGACGGAGAGUGACAAUCAGCGGGAACGUUUGUGCGUCCGGGAAUCCAUCGUCUCCCUUUUAUUGCGGCUGCACUCGUCUUUCAACGGACAUAGUGAUAGCUAUCGUCUUCCAGACAACUCAAAUCAAGGAUCUGAUAUUGCUUCCGAAUCGGGUGCAACUGCCGAGGAGGACGGAAGGAUUGGCAACAGCUCAUUUUGGAUUGGCAAAGUGCUCGAUAAACUCAGCCGGACGGAUCUUCGAGUCAGGCAAUCGAUCAUUUCGACAAAGCAAACGCUAUGGCCGCCUCGCACGGCUGAGGACUCCUUGCCUAGUGAAACUGCCGAUGAAUUGAGAGAGAAAGAGAAGAAGAGGAAGAUUAAGGAAAGGCAACAGCGUCUACUACAGGAAUUUGCGACGAAGCAGAAACAAUUUAUGCAGCAAGCUAUGGCUGCCGAAGAUGUGGAGAUGGACUUGGAAGCGAACUCGGUGGGUCCUACCUCCACUAUUACCCCAUCUGCCGAAACCACCACCUAUCAAGGAUCGGGAUUGGCAAAUUUAAUUUCAAACCCUGCUUCAGCAGCUGAUCCCUCCUCUGCUCAUUCUACGUAUUCAGCAUCGAACGAAGAGCACAAUUUAGAAGAAUACGACUGUGUCAUUUGCAACCAAGCUUCGCCCAGCACCUCUGAUCGACCCAUGUGCCUGGUCGUAUUGCUUCAAGCUACAAGCGUGCUGGCUCACAAGCGUUACUGGCCAAGCGGAUCCAGCCUCGCGUUGCCCGUCUGUGAGGAAGAUCGGUUCAACUUGGACAAAGUGGAUUCCCUUCACGUCGAAAUGAACCGAAGGGUGGAGAACUUGCGCCAGCACUUUGACGAAAGCUCGUGGCUCACCUCACUCAACAUCGGCUACGAAGGCGGUGUCUACGUUCACACGUGCGGCCAUUAUUUGCAUCUGGAUUGUCACAAGCAGUACUUGCAAUCUCUGCGGUCGCAGCAAAGACAGCAGAGUCUCAAUGUUGAGAGGGGCGAGUAUUCUUGUCCGCUUUGCCGACAGCUGGCCAACUCGGCUCUACCUAUAGCUACCAAAUUGUAUGGCGCCAAGGGAGGGCGAUCCAACGAAGCGACUAGGAUGGUGCCUUGCCUCAACCAAGCCAGCGAAGAAGUGAAGAACAUGUUGGGCGCUGAACCUGCUAUAUCGCCGCACCUCGGUUCAAACCUGAUGGAAGCCAUGGGACGCGUCAUGGAAGACAUGACCAAUGCGACAUUUCCGCGCUUUAGACAAAUCACCUCAACCCCUAGUCCAGCUAGUCUCUUCCUGUUUGUCCAGUCGAUAGCGAGAACUAAUCUCGAGAUCGAGCUGAUGCAAAGAAACGACUCGAUUAUCCAAAGUUCGGGGUUAACCAUGGGUUCCUCUGGAGUCAACUGUUCCUCAGUUUCGAACGUAUCUUCUAGCAUGCACGGUCAAGCUAUUGGCGAGUCGAGCCCCACGCCUGGAACAUCGAGUGCUAGUUGGAUUAGCCCCGGUUUAGAGCUGCGCUUCUCCUCUUCACCGACCCCCAGCGGAUCCAGCAUGGGAUCGUCGUCUCAAGCCAUGUCUCACUCAACUUCCCCUUGGUCCCUUUUGCCGAAACGAUCCUGUUUACUUCCUUUGCUUCACGUUUUGGCCACCCAUAGCAAAAUACUUAGCACCAGAACGCACCAGCAUAUUUGGUCACGGACAGCUGGACUUGAUAUCGGUGAAUCCUUCAGCCGCAGUUUAGCCAACACCUCUGAAAUGGAAGUCCCUCUGCUGAUUCAGGAUGUUCCUUGUCUUCUCAUCCAGAUGGUGUUGAUUCUUCCUCUUCCGCUGGAGCAACGGCAUUUCGUUUGCCUACUGCAGCGCUUUUUCAAUCUUACCAUGGUUCAAAUAAUUGUGCAGCUGAGUUGCCGUUUGGGCGAGAAAAAGCGGGCGCUUUACAAGACGGUGUCUCUGAGCGAUUGGAAUAUUGCAGCUCUAAUGUCGUUUGUGAUUAGCAACAUGGAAGAUGCCCAUCUUUACAGGGAGGACGACAUCGACAUCGGGUUCAACGAAAAUAAGAUGUUGAAUGUUGAGGGUGAUAUUCAUCAGCCUUUGUACAAAAUGGCUUUGCAUUUUCUUCGCAUAGCAUCGUUAUUGCAGUUUCACUUAUUCGGCGACGCACUUCCUUCUUCCGGGAUCAGUCACACUGAUCACGAAGAGUUCGUCGAACUUUGUUCGUACUUGAACAUCAGCUAUGAAAUGAAAUUUGAUUCCUGUCUGGCGCCCAAUGCUAUUAUUGGCCAUUGGUGCCACGAACUCCGCAAAUUCCUCGGAAACUCCAGGAAUUUAUUGGCAGCCAAAGAUCUUCUAAUGCAGCAUCGUGAAUGGAGAGGUCCGCGACUUUUGACACUUCCUAAUUCGUAUGAUACACUUUUCAAGUUUUAUCAUCACAAAUCUUGUCCACAAUGCAACUCCGUUCCAAAGGAACCUAGUCUGUGUCUAGUGUGCGGAGCUCUUGUCUGUCUUCGAGAAAACUGUUGCAAAGAAGAAAAUAUUCACGAAGCUGUGCAGCAUUCGAUUGACUGUGGGGCUGGAACAGCCAUCUUUCUUGCUAUUAAUAGCUCAACUAUUAUUGUGAUCCGCGGAAAACGAGCUUGUCUUUGGGGAUCCGUUUACCUUGACGCUUUUGGAGAAGAAGAUCGCGAGCUUAAGCGUGGAAAACCGUUGUAUUUAAGUAAGGAACGUUACGCAUUGCUACAAAGCCAAUGGUUAUCCCAUCGGUUUGAUCACACCAGCAAGAAAUGGAUUUGGCACCGCGAUGUAUUGUAAAGUAAAAUUAGUUUCACUUCACUGAAAACGUCGGAAUCUCUCAUGAUACACUGUUGCGGACACUUACUGAUGCACUGAGUGAGUUUUUCUUCAUUUAACUUUUAAUAAUAUAAUUGAAAAUCACUUGUACUGUAGAUACAAUUUCAUUUAUACCCUAAUUUAUUCUGUAAACGUUUGUUGCUGAGCUUAUUUUUUCUUUGGUUUUUCAAUCUUAAGUUUUUUUCUUUUUCUUCUUUUGCUGUAAAGAUGUAUGAGACUAAUUAGCUUGCGCACAGUUCGAAAAUAUUGAGUAAUCAGUUGAGCAUCGAUGUGUCAUUUUCAUUACAACCUUCAUCAAGUGAAAUCAGACCUUUUGUGCCUUUAACAUUAACUUCUCAGCCGAAGGUUUCUUUUGCAAUGUUUUUGCCUUGAUCGUCCAUAAAAUUUCUUCAAAGUACACUAUCCAAUUUUAAAUGAUUCAACUCGGCAUUUUUUGUUGAGGAAAGAAUGUGAAAUGAGGUGACGUAUGAAACAGCCCUAUUUUACGAAAAAAACCUAAGAAAAAUUUGUUUUAGCCACUAUUGCGUUGAUCUUUUUUUCUCCCUCAUUCUAUUUUACACGCUAUAUAAUAAGACACUGGAAUGUUAUUGGUAAUAUUUCCCAUUUCCUCGCCGAUGAAUGUAAAAAUGGAAAAUUGUAAUUAAGUAAAAAAAAAAAACAAACAAACAAGUAUUGCCCUGCGAAUACCUUGGCAUUAUAAUGUAUCAUGUAUCACACACACCAACACGUGAGGAUAACAGAAACUAGCUACGAUGCGAUUGCAGUUUGGCAUCUGCCACCAAGUCUUUUGUUAAAUUUCUCAAUUAUCAUGCUUAUAUUCGCUUUUGACGUACAGUGUUCCUUAAAAGGUUUGUCGUUCGAAUUCAAUAUCAAUAAAGAAUUUGACGAUUUCAA